GUCGGCCAGGCCUCGCGUUGUGUCUGUUCUGCUUGCAUCUAUCUUUCUGACUGCCACCAGUCCACCAGGCGCGACCGUGCUGACCCUUGUCCUGCAGCAUGGCUCCCACGGCUUCGGAAGCUUCAGAUCUUAACGUCAUCCGUCCCAGUUGGCGCGGUUACAAUGGCCUGCGAUACCUGGUGAUCUUCGGCGAUUCGUACUCGGACAUCGGCUACCUGUACAACAAGAUCACCACGAACCCUUCAGACGAGGCUCCACUAGGCAUAGAGUUCCCUGGCGUGACAUGGGCCGAACCUGCGAUGCCCAACUGGGUCGGUCAUCUCAUCACAGAAUAUAGCCAGUCGAAGCUCUUGGUCUACGACUACGCGGUCGGCGGCGACUCAGUGCAAGGCGUCCGCAAGCAGGUUCAGGUCAACUUCUUGCCCCGAGUUGGUGAGAAGCCUCGCUGGGCCCCCUGGAGUGCCGAAGACUCCCUGUUCGUAACGUGGAUUGGUAUCAACGACUGCGCGCAUCUAGAACUCGUUGAGAUGCCCGAUGCGCUCGAUGAGCUCUUCGUGGAGCAAGAACGGCUCUACGAGGUAGGUGCCCGCAAUUUCUUGUUCAUCGAUGUCCCACCCAUCCAUCGCACGCCUGUUGGUGUCGCAUUCAGCGGUGCCGACCCAGGCUUCGACCGCCCAUACACGUUUUGGAACUCCUGUCUGCGCACGCGGGUCCACCAAUUCGCCCGAGACCACACUGACGCGACCACACUACUCUUCUCGUCGUGGGAUACGUUCACGCGCGUACUCGACGACCCUGUUGCGCAUGGCUUCGACCCGGACCACGUCGCGAGAGAAGGCGGGGACAUCUGGGCCGACAACCUGCAUCCGUCAUCCAGAAUGCACGACUGGAUCGCGCACGAUAUCGGCAAGUUCUUGGAGGCCCAGCGCCCCUACGGCUCGGCGGCGGCUACCAGGGCGGGGGGAUCCUCAAAUUAAUUGGUUCGUGUUUGUAAAUACGUAGGAGAGUUAACCGAAGAACAAUAUGGCUGCCACACUAUACAAUCGCUUUGCACUUGUCCUUGACCGAGACGCACCA